CUGUCCGCCCGCCAACUGGGCGGUGGAGGGGGGCGGGACGAGUCCCCCCCCACACGUCCCGCUCUACUCCUUCGCCGGCGAAAACGGGUCGGAGGGCACACUGUCCUGAAACCCGGUCCAAUUGAGACGGUUCAGGACAAGAAGACUGCUAUCCACAGAUUGCGCUACAUACCGAUUGAAAGUCAUUUGCGGGUGAUUACUAUCAGGCCUCGAUUCAAAUCUUAUUUGAAUUUCUCACACUGUCAUAACGUUCCGGUGGCGCGCGCGCCAUCCUAAUUAGCUUGCUGGCUAUUGGAAGGAUUUUUUUUUUAAAAAGGACAAUUGACAACUGGACGUGCGGAUGCUCCCCUGUUCAUCUCCCGCUGUAACAGUUGCACAAUGGCCGCCUCUUCACACCAUGCACUAACUCAGACCCAAAGAAACUGUAACUCAUUUAGUAUAAUUAUAGGAUAGCAAUAAGCCCCAUAAAUUGGCACACUGUACCUCUUCAUUUUCUUGACUCUCCCUGAUAAGUCCUGUAAGGCCAAGCCUGCAAGACAUAUUUAUUUCCUCAUACCUCCAAUAGUUGUAUUGUUUAUCAUUGCAUUCAUAGUUUUUUUUAAGUACUGUGAACUACAAUCAUGGUUUCAACAACAGCAACCGUGACUGCAAUAAUGGUAGCCACCACGGUAGCGACGCAGGGCCCCCUCACGGGUUACUUGUGGCUGCUGGUCGUCGGCUUCAUCAUUGCCUUCAUCCUGGCCUUCUCGGUGGGCGCCAACGACGUCGCCAACUCGUUUGGCACUGCGGUGGGCUCCGGGGUGGUCACACUAAAGCAGGCUUGCAUCCUGGCCACUGUGUUUGAGACGCUGGGCUCGGUGCUUCUCGGCGCCAAGGUCAGCGAAACCAUCCGCAAGGGCAUCAUCGACGUGGGCAUGUACAACGGCUCCGAGCAUCUGUUGAUGGCCGGAUCCAUCAGUGCCAUGUUUGGUUCUGCUGUGUGGCAGCUGGCUGCCUCGUUCCUCAAGCUGCCCAUCUCUGGGACGCACUGCAUCGUCGGCGCUACCAUCGGCUUCUCUCUGGUAGCCAGAGGCCAGCAGGGAGUCAGGUGGCUCCAGCUUCUUCGAAUCGUCGCUUCUUGGUUUCUGAGUCCGCUCCUGUCCGGUAUAACGUCAGCUGUGGUUUUCUACUUUGUCCGCGUGUUCAUCUUGCACAAGAAAGACCCGGUGCCAAAUGGAUUGAAGGCCCUGCCCGUGUUCUACGCAAUAACGAUGGGAAUCAACCUGUUCUCCAUCAUGUUCACUGGAGCUCCGAUGUUGGGAUUCGACAGGGUCCCCUGGUGGGGCGUCUUGCUCAUCUCGCUUGGCUGCGCACUGCUGACGGCCGUCGUGGUGUGGUUCAUCGUGUGCCCGCGCCUGAAGAAGAAGAUCGAACGAGAUAUCAAGUCUUCCAGCCCCUCGGAGAGCCCCCUCAUGAAGAAGGGCGAGCUGAAGGAGCCCCACUGGCCCAUCCUCAAACACACGGAGAAGGAGGCGUCAGCGCCGUCCUGUCUGGCUGCCGAUCCAAUUCCCGCGGUGCCGCCGGCUCCCGAGGAGCGCCGCGUCGCGUUCAACAUUGGAGAUUGUGACGAAAGUGACCCUAUCAAAGAGCGCAAGGUGGCCUUUGACAUUGGGGAGUCGGAUGAAAUGGAGUGUAACAAUGCUAACGGUGUCCCUAAGCAGCCCGGCAACGGUUCUGCCACCGGAGCCCAUCAGGUUCAGUUCAACAACCGGCCGGCGCAGAUCCCGAGCAACGGUUACAGUCAGUACCACACGGUCCACAAGGACUCUGGGCUCUACAAGGACCUGCUGCACAAGCUCCACCUGGCCAAGGUUGGCGACUGUAUGGGCGAGGGUGGCGAGCGGCCCAUCCGCCGCAACAACAGCUACACGUCGUACACCAUGGCCAUCAUCGGCUUGCGCGCUGACUUUAAGCACAAGGACGGCGAGUCCCAGGACGGGGACAAGGCCCCUGGACAGGGCCAGGACAAGAAGCGCAUACGCAUGGACAGCUACACCAGCUACUGCAACGCCGUGGCUGAGCACGCCGCACCCGAAGGCCUUGGCCAGGACGACGUGACGCUGGAGAUGGGCAAGGAGGACGCGAGUAGCACCCAGAGCUCCCUGGACGAGGACGGACUGGAUGCGGACAAACCCGAAGUGUCCACGCUCUUCCAGUUCCUGCAAAUUCUCACCGCGUGCUUUGGCUCCUUCGCUCACGGAGGAAACGACGUUAGCAAUGCCAUCGGCCCACUGGUCGCCCUCUGGCUGGUGUACAUCAGCGGCAGCGUGACGUCCAAUGAACCCACGCCCACGUGGCUGCUGCUCUACGGGGGCUUGGGCAUCUGCAUGGGCUUGUGGGUGUGGGGGCGCAGAGUGAUCCAGACCAUGGGCAGGGACCUCACCCCCAUUACUCCUUCCAGUGGUUUCAGCAUCGAGCUGGCGUCUGCUCUGACCGUGGUGGUGGCUUCUAACGUCGGCCUGCCCGUCUCCACCACCCACUGCAAGGUGGGCUCUGUGGUGGCUGUGGGCUGGCUGCGCUCCAGGAAGGCGGUGGACUGGCGUCUGUUCCGCAACAUCUUCAUGGCCUGGUUCGUCACCGUGCCCAUCUCGGGCCUGAUCAGCGCCGCCAUCAUGGCCAUCUUCGUCUAUGGCUUCAAACCCACCGAAUGAGGCUCUGGCCCCCUCCCGGGGAGAAGAGAGAAACCGACGACCGCCCCGGUGUGUACCGAGACCGGAGAGGAGAGGAGUGGAGUUGGGCGGGGUUCAUAUAUCGCUUACCUCAAGCCAAUGGAAAGAAAAAAAACCACAAACAAACUUCAGAUGUUUAAUGGGACUUGCGAUAUAGGCCUUUUAGGUUCAUGGCUGCGUUAAGCUCACAUUGUGUCGCUUGUUUCCAGUCAGGCCUCCAAGUAAGAUGGUUCCAUUUCCUUGUUCAAACUUCCCUUUUCAUAUCUUUUAAUUCUGUAAAAGGCCAAGUCUAGAUUUUGAGGACAAUUUAGAUUAAACAAAAAUGUAAAUAAAAUGCAGUAUUGGACUUUUGCAGUUGUUUCAACAGUCGGCAUAGAUAAUGUUAAAAACCAGAUUCUUGCUCUUUUAGGCUUCUGGUAUACUGAGACUGAUGUAUUCUCUACAUUAAAAAAAUCAAAGGUGAGGACUGGAAA